UCGAUGCCUAAGUGGAGUUGCUACAGAGACAAAACUGAUCUAUCUUAAUGGUAUCCGGUUGCUAUAGUUUCUCUUCAGCUGUCCCUCUUCCAAGGUACUGAGGGAGGCGUCAGUGCGACUGUCUAAUUCAUCUGUGAAACUUUGUCCUGGGCAGAGUUCGCCUGUGCUUUUUAAAACCUCCCGAGAAUUGUCGAGAAUGGAGCGGCUUCUCCUGCGCUGUUUGCCCUCUUUGCUGAGGCCAGCCUCUCGCCAUGUCCAGCUUUUGCAGACUGUCUCUCGCUGCAGCUCCUCCUCGUCUCGGUUUAACGUGCCACCAAGCGCUACCGAGAUCGCUCGGCCGGUGGGAAUUUGCUCCAUGAUGCGCCUCCCGGUGCAGGACUCCUCAGAGGGCCUGGAUGCUGCUUUUGUUGGGGUUCCUCUUGACAUCGGCACCUCAAACCGGCCCGGUGCCAGGUUUGGACCCCGACAUAUCCGAGCUGAGUCGGCCAUGGUCAGAGCCUACAAUGGUGGCACCAGGGCAGCUCCUUUCGAAUCUCUGAUGGUGGCUGAUAUCGGUGACGUCAACGUGAAUCUUUAUGACCUGAAGGACAGCUGCAAGAUGAUCAGGAAAGCUUUCAAGAAGAUCAUGUCCACAGGCUGUAUACCUUUGACAUUGGGUGGUGAUCACACGAUAGCAUACCCCAUAUUGCAGUCAGUGGCAGAAAAAUACGGUCCAGUAGGUUUGGUUCACGUUGAUGCACACGCUGACACAAGUGAUAUUGUCCUAGGGGAGAAGAUCUGUCAUGGAACUCCCUUCAGGCGCUGUGUGGAUGAGGGACUGCUUGAUUGUAAGCGUGUGGUACAGAUUGGGCUCCGCGGUUCUACUUACGAACCAGAUGGUUAUCUUUGGAGCAAAGAACAAGGUUUUCGGGUGGUUACUGGAGAGGAUUGCUGGUUACGAUCCCUUACUCCCCUUAUGAAGGAGGUGAGGCAGCAGAUGGGGAAUGGCCCUGUGUACAUUAGUUUUGAUAUUGAUGCCCUGGAUCCCGCCUUUGCUCCUGGUACUGGAACUCCAGAGAUUGCAGGUCUUCAACCCAGUCAGGCUUUGGAAAUCAUCCGGGGUUGUCGGGGAAUGACAGUAGUCGGUUGUGACUUGGUUGAGGUUUCACCAAUAUACGAUACUUCUGGUAACACGGCUUUGACAGCUGCCAAUCUGCUCUUUGAGAUGCUCUGUGUUCUACCCAACGUUAAGUAUCACUAAGAUUUGUAUGGUGUUUAGGUUACAUUGCUAAUGUUAACUCACAUUGAUUAUCACUUGUUCUAAUAAUUUGAUAACUAACUGCUUUCUCACCCAGUGCAACUAUUAUUGAAAAAGACUUAAAUGUCUUCUAUUAAUUCAAACUUUAAAGGAUUUGGAACGUUCAGUCUUUUACUUGCAAAAACCUCAGUUACGAUUGGAUAUGCUGUGUGAGAUAAUUUGCAGACAUCUAUACAUUGCAAGACAUUUCUUGAUUACAAUGAUACUGUCUUAAUUGUUUUUAUUAAAAUUUGAAAAACCCAUCUUAAAUCAGCCUAUUAAACUACAG